GAGGUGAGUGACGAUUUACCCACGGAGGGGUAAAAAAAAUGACUGUGGUGUCCCAGGAGAACCACGACGACAGUGUGGUCGUAACUCCUUUGUUACAAGAUGCUGCUGAUCUGGAACCAGCGGACCAGGAGUGCAGCGAGAGGGUGAUCAUCAACAUCUCAGGUCUGCGCUUUGAGACGCAGUUAAAGACCCUCUCCCGCUUCCCGACCACGCUCCUGGGAGAUCCGCGUAAACGGAUGCGUUUCUUUGACCCGCUGAGAAAUGAAUACUUCUUUGACAGGAACAGGCCGAGCUUUGAUGCCGUCCUCUAUUAUUACCAGUCAGGAGGGCGGCUCCGGAGGCCCGUCAGUGUACCUGUGGAUAUUUUCCUGGAAGAAAUUAAAUUUUACGAACUUGAUGAAGAGGUCAUAGACCUUUUCAGAGAAGAUGAGGGCUUAAUGAGGGAAGAGGAGCGCCCGCUGCCCAGCAAUGUGUAUCAACGCCAGUUAUGGCUCCUGUUUGAGUAUCCAGAGAGCUCAGGACCUGCACGGAUAAACGCCAUUGUGUCGGUUAUGGUUAUUUUAAUAUCCAUAAUUAUAUUCUGCUUGGAGACUUUACCCGAGUUUAGAGAAGUCACCGCACUGGACAAUCCCGUCAAUGGAAGUGCGCACGGCGAAGAGCCCAGUCCGUUCACAGAUCCGUUUUUCAUGGUGGAGACGCUUUGCAUCGUGUGGUUCUCCUUUGAAUUCACCAUGAGAUUCCUCUCCUGUCCCAGUAAACCAGCUUUCUUUAAAAACAUCAUGAACCUGAUCGAUGUCGUGGCUAUAGCUCCUUAUUUUAUCACCCUGGGCCUUGAUCUCGCGGAGCAUCAGGGCAGCAGUCAGCAGGCUGCGUCUCUGGCCAUACUGAGGGUCAUCCGUCUGGUCCGUGUUUUCAGGAUUUUUAAACUUUCCAGGCACUCCAAGGGCCUCCAGAUUCUCGGCCAAACGCUUCACGCAAGCCUCAGGGAGCUGGGACUGCUCAUAUUCUUUCUGAUCAUUGGAGUUGUUUUAUUCUCCAGCUCGGUUUAUUUUGCAGAAGCAGAAGACCCCGACUCUGGAUUUUCAAGCAUACCUGAUGCGUUUUGGUGGGCUGUAGUGACAAUGACCACGGUUGGAUAUGGAGACAUGUGUCCCUCCACCAUUGGGGGGAAGUUUGUUGGAUCUUUGUGCGCCAUCGCCGGAGUGCUAACCAUAGCUUUACCUGUCCCUGUCAUAGUGUCAAACUUCAAUUAUUUCUACCACAGAGAAAAUGAGGAUGAUGACAAUAUUCAGUAUGUACAUGUGACAUGCGGACAGCCGCAGCCAUCAUUGGGUGAAUGUGAUUCAAACAAAAGCACCCAGUCGCUCUCCAAAACGGAGUCCUACCAGGAAAGCGACGACUUGGAAACGUUUACAUAUCCAAACGUAUGCCAAGCGGAGACAUACACGGGGAAACUGACAGUUGUAUGAAAUACACCCCUGGAAGACGGUUUUAUUUCUGGAGGCAGACGAUCAUGAGAAGCUUGUUUCUCCCUCAGAGUGGCAACAAAUUUCAAGCGUGGGAUUCUCUUCUUCUCCAAAGUAUUGGAUCAUUUUCUCACGGAUAUUCGUGCAUUGCCAGUGUUGUAGCUUUCGUGGAGGAGACGCCUGGACAAGGUUCAGUCUGCCUUAAUGGACAUUGUGUGUAUCAUCAGUAGAAGAAACGACAUUCUUUUGUGUAGGCUUUAUUAAUGACCACGCUUUCUUUGUAUAAAAUUGUUUAUACUGCGUUUUUUUUUUGUAAUUAUGAAUUUCCUCCUUUCUUAUGCAUCUUUGAAUGCAGUUGCAACUUGCCUCAGUGUUGUUACAAACAUUCAGA